GUUACAUAUUUAGAGCAUGAUGAGUAUGACAACCAUACUGUGAAAUGAUACAAUUUACAGAUGUUUGACUAAUGAAAACAGUUUCAUGUUGCUUUAAGGUAGUAUUGCUUCUCAAGUGCGGCCAUAUGGUUGAUUGCAAUUGAUCACACAAUUCAAGUUCAUAACAAGAAGUAGUUACUUUGCAGGUUCAUAUUGGCAUCGCAAAAUUCAAACAGAACAAAAUCAUCUUAUCCACAGUGACUUGCCACAAUUCAUUGUGGAUUCUUAUGAAGAAUGUCGUGAUCCACCAUGUCUUUACAUGCUUGACAAAUUUGACAGUGGUGGUUCAGGAGCAUGUAUGAAAAGAUAUUCAGAUCCAUCCUUUUUUAAGAGGGUAAUGGCGAGUUCUGUAUCCACAGAUGCUGAUACCGUUCAAAGAGAACAGAAGGCUCAUAAAAGUAAGAAAAGAGGAUCAAGGCACAGGAAUGGAGAAAUCUCACAUGUUGGGUCAAUGCCCAGUCACAAUGGAAG